AUGCCAUCGAAUCAAUUCUACAGAAUGGCAUCAAUCAUCCAGCUCCUCUUGAGCCUCUGCGCCCUCUUCGCGGUCCUAUCACAGGCCCUUCCCGUCGACGUCGAAGAUCGGGAGCUCUCUCUUCCAAAAGAUCUAACAAUCGAUGACAUCGUCUACGGAGGGACCGGAUGUCCCCAAGGAUCCGCUAGCGUCCAAAUCGCUGCGGACGGAAAAUCAUUCACCGCGAGAUUCAAAUCAUUCUCCGCCGAGCUAGGGACCGGCAGCCUUGUCGAUAGCCGUAAGUUUUGUCAGCUCAACUUAGCCUUGAAGGCACCCGUUGGUUGGCAAUACGCUGUUCUCGCCACAAACUUCACCGGUGCUGCUCUACUCGGAUCGGGUACCAAAGCAAGCCACACAUCAACAGUCUACUUUUCUGGCAGCACAAACCAAACGGCCUUCACUCUCCCACUUUAUGGAGCUGCCAAGUACAUUUACAAUAUCCAAGCGGCUUCUGUGGUUGGAGGGGCUGCAUGGUCACCAUGUGGCUCUGAUACUGCUUUGAACAUCAAAUCAGAGCUUAGUAUAACAGGAACCGGUGCUGGGGAAAUUAUUGAGUUUGGGGAGUCCGGAAAACUCAGUCGCAUCUUUGAAUUGGGAUGGAGGAAGUGUUAA